AGCACUUUUGGGUUUUCUUCUGUAGUGAUUUUUUAGCAGAAUAUGGACUCAAAGAAGCUAUUGUUUUCACUCAUCUUCUCCCUCUCUCUUUUCUCUCUCCUCUUAGGGCAAGGAUCAGCUCGUUACCAUCAUCGUCAUUUUCAUCUCCGGCCGACCAGGCUCUUCGUGUUUGGGGAUUCCUACGUCGACACCGGCAACAUCAAUGUCAACACUUCUAGUGCUCGGAAUAUUCCUUAUGGAAUUACUUUUCCUGGUGUACCUUCGGGUCGUUUAUCCGAUGGCCGUGUUUUGACUGACUACUUGGCAAGAUAUUUUGGGCUCAAGUCUCCGGUCCCAUUUACUACUUGGCAAAAUGUUGGAGUUAAAAGACCCAGAAAUGGUAUCAACUUCGCUUUUGGUGGAACUGGCAUAUUCGAUACAUCAUUUCCUUUCCCAAACAUGACGACUCAGAUCAACUUCUUCCAAAAGCUCAUUGCCAACUCUAUAUUCACGUUGAAUGACAUCCACUCCUCUAUCGCCCUCGUCUCCGUCUCAGGCAACGACUAUUCUUUUUACCAAGCCACAAAUGGAUCCAUGGAGGGAUUCAAACCAUUCAUCGUCUCAGUAGUAAACCAAAUCGCUAUAAAUUUGAAACGCAUCCACGGGUUGGGAGUGAGGAAAGUAGUUAUGAUGGGGUUAGGGCCACUGGGAUGUCUUCCCGAGCUCACAGCUGCAUCCUCAUUCAGCAAAUGCAAUGCAACUAUGGACUCAUUGGUUGAAUUUCACAACGCUUUACUAAAGCAAGCUGUGGAGAAACUAAACAAAGAAACAAAGGGAUCUCCUUUCUUCAUUCUUGAUAUCUAUGGCACACUUUUGUCCAUCAUCCAAAACAAAGGAAGCCCUUAUAAAGCCAGGCCAAGAUUUGAGACCCCAUUGAAGCCAUGUUGUUUUGGAGUAAGUAGUGAGUUUUCAUGUGGAAGUGUGGACAAAAAAGGGAACAAAAAGUACACUUUGUGCAAAGAUCCUAAAUUAGCCUUGUUUUGGGACUCGGUGCACCCUACGCAAGAGGGAUGGUUUGUGGCAUUUAGGUCUUUGGGAUCCAAUCUCAAAAAACUUUGAAUUCAUAGCUAGAAAAAUGGUGUCUUUUUUCUUUGUGGGUAUUUGAGUUUGUUUAUUUUUCAUUUCUAGAUAUUCGUUUGAACAGCUUAGCCCACUUCCUUGUUUGUGUGCUUGCUUUUGAUUUGUUUUAGUUGCCUUUGAGUUUAUUGCCAAUAAUGAUCACUUUUUGUGGCAAAUCUCCAAUAUAUUUGUAUGGCUAAUUAAUAAAAUAUGUGUUCUA